AUGGCGGAGAUACAACUGAUGAUCCCCUCACCGGCACUCAGCCCAAACACCACCCCCUACACGACCGCACCGUCGUCGCCUCAUCGCUUUCCUACCUUCUUCUAUAGUGCACCCACUAGCCCCAUCCACUCCUUAGCCUUCCCUAACAACGAUGUCGAUAAUGAUUUUGCAUUCGACUUCAAUGGCCCACUAGAACCGCCUUCUAUUUCAGCCGCAGACGAGCUCUUUCAUUGUGGCCAAAUCAAACCCUUGAAACCUGUCUCCCCACAAACCAUUUCUAACCAAAAAAGUUUAGUUCCAACAUCAAGAUCAUCAUCACCUAUUAAUCAUCAAACACCAAAUAAUACACAAAACCGAGGAAGAGAAAAAUAUACUAAUAAUACUAGGAACAUACAUAAAUCAUCAAGAUCCUCAUCACCUUUUAGAAUAUCCGACAUUUUAUCAGACGAUGAAGAAGAAAACAUUAUUAAUCAAAAAACAUGGUACAACAAAUGGAACCUUAAAAACUUGUUACUAUUUAGAAGUGCAUCGGAAGGGAGUGCAAGGAGAUCAUCAAAUAACAUCAAAGAGCAAGUGAUCAUCAACAAAUAUUCAAGAAUAAUAAGGAAAUGUGAUCAUAUUAAUAAUGAUGUUAAGAAUUCAAGUUUUAGAAGCACGGAUAGUAGUAGUUGUGGGUCGGUUACUACUCAUGAUGCCGGGUCGAAUAGAAGCAGCAGGGUGAUGAUGAGGAAAGUAUCGGCCCAUGAAAUACAUUAUACUGCGAACCGGGCUAUUUCGGAAGAGAUGAGGAAGAAGACAUACUUGCCUUACAAGUCAGGGUUGUUUGGUUGCUUGGGGUUUCAUCAUAACAACAAUGGUGCUGGCGGUGGUAGUGUUCAUCAUGAGAUUUCAAGAGGGAUUCAUUCCGUUAUGAAACAACGAUGA